AUGGUUCACCAGUUGAGAAACACUAAAGCAUGUGGUGUUUAUGAAGCAGUCGAUCCUCUUUCUUUAUCUACAGAGGAGGAGUGUCUGCGAUCUCAGGCCACGUUAUUGGAGCAGGUGCACAAUCUGCAGCCACAUCAAAGGUCAGACCCUGACUACUGCUCGCUUCCAGAGCUGACCAAGAAAGUGCAGCGCUUGUCACAAGUCCACAUUAAACAACAGGACCAGAAUGAAGACUUGUCUGCUGAAGUGAAGACGCUGUUUGAAGAUUACAACAGACUCAGAUUGGAUUAUUGUGCAGAAAUCUUUCUCUUAUCAAAGCAGUUUUCACAGUGGGAUGAAGCUCUUCGGGAGCUGGAAGGACCCAAACGAGGCCAGCAGAUGGACACGGAUGCUAAUGCUUAG